GUCUGAGAGACAACAAAGGAGGAGCCGCCCGGAGCCAGGGAUGAAUCUUCCUAACAAGGAGAGUGACAUGGCAGUAUCUAGACCCGUCACACCUACUGACUUGAAACCAACAACUAAGUUGAAAGACAGAGUUCGGUCCAAAACACGCUUGAAGUCAGCAAAGAGAGUCAAAUCUGGAACCUUCAAUGAGGAUGUUAUUCCUCUUGUUCUGACCUCGAGGACUCAAGAAAUUUUUCAGUGUGUGAUCGACCAGGAUGUGACUGAGGAUCAUCCUUACAAGCUCAUUAAAAAGGAAGAUAUUAUUAAUGACAUGAAAUCAAGGGGAGGCAUCUCCGAUUUCUACCCAUUCAAACAUCUGAUCCUGGAGCAUGCAACAGAAGAGUUUUUAAUUGCCUUGGACAAAGAUUUCAAGUAUGGCCAAAGUUUCUAUAUGGUUAUGAAUGAAAUGAUGAAGGAAGCGGUUUUACAGUCAUUAGAACAAAAAAUGGAGAUAAAGCCAAAGGAAGAGGAAGAGGAAGAGGAACUAUUUAUCAAAGAGUUGCAGUUUAAAGCCUGGAUUGAUUUGGGCAGUGGUGUUGAAAUUGAGCAAGAAAAGGUUGAAGAAUCACCAACUAAGGUAAAAAUUAUGAUUUCACGUGUCCGCAGAGAAUUUGGGGCUCCUGUGUCUUUUAGUGAUCGGAAUGAUGCUGAAAUAAAGGAUAGCUAUGUGGAGUGCACAUCCUACCAGGACAAGAAUUUCAGCAUUAAGAAGCUGGAGAGGGAUAUCGGGAUACAGGCUGUCUGUAUUCUCCAGGAGAACAGCACACAAACGGAAUGGACCUAUCCUCAAAACGCUUGCACCCAGUAUACACCCAGUGAGUUCACACAAGAGGAAAAAGAUGAAAUGUUAAAAUCUGAAGCUCUUACCAUGUUUAUCAACUCGGUCGCUUUGAGGUUUGAGUCAGCCCUACAACAAAAUGAGAUCAUGGAUGUCUUUUACGAUGACUGGAGAGGACUUUCGGAUGAAGAUAGUACAUUUGGAGGGAAAGCAGAUUGCCAUCUAAAGGAGUACCAGUCUUUCACAGACCUUCAAAAGAGCCAAGGGAAGAGGAUAAGCCACAUUGAAUGGCACCCGAUCAUUCUGGGGCUCGUGGCUGUGUCAGUUGUCGACCGCAUUACUAUGGAGGACAGGAUUAACCUAACCAACACAUUAAUCCGCAGUCAUUCAUAUAUCCUGUUCUGGAAUUUCACCGAUCCCAUCCACCCACAGAUCAUGCUGAAGGCACCAGAUGAUAUUUACUGCUUUCAGUUUUGUCCGACUGACCCAAAUAUUUUGGCUGGAGGCUGUAAGAAUGGCCAGGUGGUGCUUUGGGACAUCUCUAACUUUGCGAGCAGAUUACAGGGCAACCUUCCAGCAAUAAAACCUGAGGCCGUCAAGUCCAAUCUGUUGCCUGAGUUAGACCCUGCACCUCACUGUGAGGUUCCCAUUGCUCACUACUGCGCAGUGUCGUCAAUCGAACAUGGACACCAAUCCUUUGUUACCGAUUUAUGUUGGGUGCCUGACCACUUUGAGAUCACAAGAUUGGGCGUCCCAUGUACAAAUUCAGAAGGGAUGUGUGUCCAACUUAUCACAUGCUCUCCUGAUUGUUCAAUUCUGUUCUGGGAUAUUCGAAAACCCAAAGCCACCGUCCUGACCAGACAGGAGAAACAGAAAAUGGAGAAGGAACUCCAAAACCCUGAAGGAGUGCCCAACACUUUUAAACAUAUCGAUCUCUAUUGGAAACCAAUGCACAAGGUGUUGUUACCUAAGAUUUCAACUGCUGGAGAUUACAGCCCUAUGAAAAUUAGCAUGAAGGAGAAGUACUCUGAGAGAGUCUAUGACAAGGCCCAAGCCAAUCUGACAAAGACCAAAGGAGAGACUUCCAAAUAUACUGCCAUGGAUGUUCCCUCGAGCAGAGAUCUGACAUUUGUGGAUGAUAUCAACACCUUUGUGUUCAUUGGUACUGAGGAUGGAGAGGUUACUUCUGUCGACUGGCAAGUGGAAAGAGACUAUGAUACUGGAAAAAUGACCACCCCAAGACCAACUCAUUGCUAUCCAGUGCAUGAUGGUCCUGUAAACACAGUGCAAACGUCACCAUUCUUCCGAGAUAUUAUUUUGACUGUAGGAGGUUGGACCUUUGCGAUUUGGAGAGAAGAUGUUACACUGGGACCCCUCCUACAUUCAGCGUGUGCGACAAAACGCUGCACAACCGGUCACUGGUCACUCACCCGACCAGGCGUGGUCAUCAUCGGGAAGGAGGAUGGCAACAUUGAUAUUUGGGAUUUACUUGAAAAAACCCACGAGCCCUCACAGACACAGAAUAUUUCUUCAGUUGCAAUAAGUUGCAUCAAGCCCUGGAUUAUCUCAUUGAGGCAACACUUACUGGCCGUAUCUGAUGACUUUGGUACAUUGCACAUUCUGGAGGUGCCCUGGGCUUUACGACAUCCACUAACGCAAGAGAAAUCUAACAUUGAAGCUUACUUUGAAAGAGAAGUUAAACGGCUGGAAUAUUUUGAAGCCAGAAAAAUAUUGAGAAGUGAAAAGAAGGAGCAGCCAGAGGAAGAGAAAGCGCCAUCCAUCGCUGUGGUAAAGACAGUGGAAGAAGUGGAGGAGGAGUUAAAAAAGGAAUAUGGAGUUUACUUACAGGAAGAGAAGAAAAUCAUCUUUGCUCAACUUGGGAAAGUAUGAGGGAAGCUGAAGAAUCUUUGGUAUAUUUUUUUAUUAAAAAAUAAUCUGAUUAACGACAGCA